AUGGUGUCGCGUAUCUCUAAGUCUGCAAAUAUUUUAGUAAAUCAAGGUCACAAGGCAAGUGAAAUUUUUUUAAACGAAAUUUGUAGUUCAGAUGAUGUGCCUUCCGAGUGGAAGGAAAGAGUAUCUACUGCUAUGGAAUACAGACGUUGUAAUAUAUCUUUUAUUUGUCGAAAACUUUAUAAAUUACAAAAUUCAAAUACACACAGUGGUUCUAAUUAUGAAAAUGAAGCCCUGACACCUUUGGAAGACUAUAAAGUUAAUUUAUCAACAUUUACAAUUCUCCCUGUUGAAGAUGCAGUUCGCGAUUCGUCGAUUUCAUUUGGAAUGUUUCACAAGCAUUUAAUGGAAGUAUUUUUUACAUCACCAUUUAUAAAGGGAGCAGCACGACAAACUUCUUAA